CCGCCGCUUUUCUCCUUCAUCAUUUCCUCAAGCGCUCUCUCUCCCCUCACUAUUCGAAUGUUGUCAUUUUCUUCUCUUUCGCUCACCCCUUCUCUCACUACGAUCGCAUCCUCAGAAAACUCGUACUCUCUCUCUCACUAGAUAUAUAUAUCUCUAUGUAUUGUGUUUAUUCUUGGUAUACAUUUUUCAAUAAUUGAAGCGUGUUCUGUAAAAUGCUGGAAUUUUGUUGGUUCGAAAAAUAUGACACUGCUAACUAAACUACCAUAUGAGUUUUAUAUACUCGUUUUAUUUAUUGUUGUUGUUUAGUUGAAGUAACUUGUUCAAGGAUUGAAUCAGGGUAGUAUAUUUGAUAAUUUAUCCUUAAUUUUAGGGUUUUGUUGAUUUGAGUGUCUUGGGGAAAAAGGAUUAUGGAUUAUUUGGGGUGAUUGGGAGUGGGGUCAUUCGAUUUUAUUCCCUCGGUUGGAGUCGACGAUUGAAGGCAUAAAGAACGUUUUGGAUUCUCCCAAUCGACUAUUUUUCUUUUUUUCAGAUUCGUGUGUUUGUUGAUGAUGUUGUGGACAGCUUCACAACAGGUGUUACCAAAAUUGGGGACUACGAACUUCAUGUGUUAUUGGAGUAAGUUGUUUUUGUUUUUGCUUUUUGUAUUAAGGAUUCAUUUUGCCUAAUGGUAAUUGUAAAGUAUUUUAUUUGUUUAAUCUUGUGCAGUAAUAUGACUUUUGGUGUAAUUAUACGUGUGAAAAGUGAAGCAUUUCAGGUGCUCAAGGGAGUUACUGACAGGCCUGAAGUUUCCCUUGUCAAAUUAAGAGAGAUAAAGUGCAAGAUCGAUCGGAAAAAUAAUGUCCAAGAUCGGGUUAAGAAUACAGUAUCUGUGAAUGAUGUUGUUAGGAUUAUCGAGGGACCUUGCAGAGGAAAACAAGGUCCAGUUGAACACAUAUACAAGGGUGUUCUAUUUAUCUAUGACCGCCACCACCUUCAGCAUGCUGGUUUUAUUUGUGCCAAGUCUCAGUCUUGUGUUGCAGUAGUAAAAGAAAUAGUGCCUUUGGUCAUGGCAAUGAAGAUAAAUGGACUGGUAGAUAUACACUUCCUUUUCCUCAUGAACAAUCAUUUUGACCAUGCUGAUAUAGAUUUUAGUUUCGAUACCGCCAACUGA